AUGGGUGUCUUUGGAAAAGCCAAGCCCGCUUACUCCCCACCCGAACUCCCUACACACGACCCUGUACCAGCACGAGCAACUCAACGACGAGUAUCGCUCUUCCCUUCUCUCGCCUCUAUCGGACUUAGUGAACCUGAUCCCAAUGCUCCCAUCGACCCAGUCACCAGGGGCCGUACGUUCUCAGGUGAACAGCAGCGAGGAAUCAACGGGCGAAAGCUCUCUCAGGCAAUCGUACCAGCAUGGCACCGUAAAGCGAGUUUAGCAGUUGCAAGGAGGGAUACCAAUCCUGUUAAUUUGCGAUUAGGAGAGACAACAGCGAACAAUCAGGAUGGAAUGAACAAGGCUUUCUAUAAGUCAAAACUUACCAUUGAUGAUGGUAGUUCUGAAGAAGGUGGUUUUACCUCAGAUGAGGAUUUAGCUCCUAGUAGAUUAUCAGUAACGAGGAGGAACAAAGGUAAAGGGAAAGCUAAAGCUUUAGAUACCUUACCAGGAUGGGACGCAGCACCACCAUUGAAAGGUCGAUUGAAGAAGGGUAAAGGCAGAGAUAAGAAGAGUAAACACAAACAUCGAUCGAAAAGAGUAAUGAGAAGAUUAGACCAAAAUUUGGAUGCAUACAACGCAUAUGCUCAAAAUGGUUUAGUGCCUCUUACAAGAUCUGCCAAUACGACUAGAGAUGAAGCUGCCGCCUUGAACCCACCACCAAUGUCAAUAGGAAAUACCAUAUUGGAGGAAGAUGAGUAUAUGGUAAAAUCAAUCUCCCAACCCAUGUCCUUGAACACUGGAGCUCAGGAUGAACAGCCCAGAGCAGUCUUGGUAGGAGAUGGAUUUGACGCUUUGGACGUAAUGGCGGAUCAUAUCUUCAGAACAGGGGUACAGAAGAAAAAAUGGUUUAAAGCUCCCAGGAUGGGAGUGAGGAGAAAUGACGCAGCAACUGGUGUAACUAUCAGAGCGAGAACAGGUCUUUAUAGAACUUUCCCCGUGGAUUACGAGGCGUUGAAACCCUUUGAAGAAGCUAUCACUAGACUUAACCCAGAGGUAGCCAUCAAAAUCAAAUCCGACAUUGUCAACACCAUCAUGGAUACAUAUAUCAAUCCCUCUCCAUCAAUGACCGAACUUGUCAUCGACGAAAACACCCGUAUACAAAUUCUUGAUACUAUUGAACUUCUCGCUCGAGCUAGAAAACACCAGUAUGCUGCCUUUGUCCGAUCCGAACAAGUAUUGGUCGUAUGGGCAGAUGCAGUUGAAAAUGUCAUUCCAGCUGCUGAAGCAUUGGAGGAAUCACUCAUUCAGUUCGUAUGGCAAGGACCAGAAGUCAAUGUGAAAUUCAACUUGGUCAUGCUUCAAGAUGCCAAAGACCGUGAAGAGAUGAAAGAGCAGGAACGAAGAGAUUCGCAAAAUUCGAAUGAAAAAUAUGGUAUUGAUGGAGUGGUUUUACCUGAAUUGACAGCGGACGAUAAAGGAUCAAUCAAGACGAAAGAAGAAGAUAUGGACCCUGAAGAUAUAGCUAAAAGGGAGAUGCAGAGAUAUUGGAGAGAAAGACCUGUAAUGCUUAUUGCACCUUUCUCAGAUGGUGUGGCUAUCAUGCUUUGUCUAGCGUUGAUUUCCCUCGGUUUGAGAAUUUUAAUCAAAGAAUAUAUUUUGGAUGGUCAACCAUUGAGAUUUGUCCUCAUGAUUUUCUCUCCUGCUCUAUGUUGUAUCGCCUCUUUCGCUGCUAUGUGUGUCGUCGGUUCAAUCUGGCAAAUCUUCGGUCCUGUUCGUCAAGUUACCCAAAAGUCGAAGUAUUUCUCUGGUAUCGCCCCCAAGCGUCAUAUGGGUGAUUUAGCUCAUGUCACCGUCCAGUUACCCGUUUACAAGGAAUCACUCGAAGAAGUUAUCAUGCCUACUGUCGAAUCACUCAAAGUCGCCAUUACAACCUACGAGCGACAGGGUGGUUCAGUCGGUAUUCUUAUCUGUGACGACGGUCUUCAACUGCUUUCCAAGGCUGAAGCGGAUAAGAGACGACGAUUCUAUUUCGACAACAAUAUCGCCUAUGUUGCACGACCAGGACACAACGUCGAUGGGUUUAUUCGAAAAGGUCGAUUUAAGAAAGCUGGAAAUAUGAAUUUUGCUGCUGAUCUAUCCCUACGCGUAGAAGAAAUCAUGGAUGACAUGAGACCUUUGGCUCAAGAGAAGAAGGACCCUGAACAUCUCUGGAACGAACUUGACGAAAACGAUGUAUAUGAUGCUGCCUUGGCUCAAGCGCUAGAAGAGAAACAAGGUAAAGCUUGGGCAGCUGGUAACAUCAGAAUUGGAGAAGUGAUUUUGAUUGUCGAUUCCGAUACGAGAGUACCAGAAGAUUGUUUUGCCGAUGCCGUAUCGGAAAUGAAAGAAAGUCCAGAAGUCGCUAUCAUCCAACAUAUGUCAGGUGUCAUGCAAGUCGCUAAUCACUUCUUUGAAAAUGGUAUUGCCCAUUUCACAAGGAGUAUUCAACAUGCUAUUUCCUAUUGUACCGCUUCUGGUGAAGUCGCUCCUUUCGUCGGUCAUAAUGCCUUCCUUCGUUGGUCAGCCUUGCAGGAAUGUAUGUCCGUAGAUCCUGAUGAUGGUAUCAACAAGAUCUGGUCAGAAGAUCACGUAUCUGAGGAUUUCCAAAUUGCCGUGACACUACAGAUCAAGGGUUACACAGUCCGAUGGGCAACCUAUACUGGAGGUGCUUUCGAAGAAGGUGUAUCUUUGACUUGUGAUGAUGAGAUCAAUCGUUGGCAGAAAUACGCUUUCGGAUGCUCUGAGCUUCUGUUCCAUCCCUUAAAGCGAUGGAUAUUCAAAGGUCCUAUCACUCCUCUUUUCAAUCAAUUCAUGUGGUCUUCCAUCCCCAUUCACUCCAAAUUUACCAUCUGCGGCUACAUCUUCUCAUACUAUGCAAUCUCGAUCGCUUGGGUUUUGUCCGUUGCGAAUUACUUUAUCGAAGGUUUCGCUUUGCCCGUUGACGGUUACUACCUACCUUCAUGGAAAGUAACCUUGGUUUGUAUCAUCCUGUUCACCGGUCUGUGUAACGUUGCUUUCAUCACGCUUCGAUAUCGAUUGAAGAUUCCCAAUUGUGGACAACUGGCUUUUGACCAAAUCAAAUGGAUUCCCUACUUCAGUAUCUUCUUCACUGGAAUGUCAAUGCCUAUGUCAGCUGCUCUUGUCAGUCACUUGGUAGGGUACAACAUGACAUGGUCUACAACCGUUAAGACCGUUGAGAAAUCCAACUUCUUCUUGCAAUUGCCUAUCAUUUGGAGACGGUUCUGGCCUCAACUCAGUUUCUUUGGUCUUUGUGUGCCAAUGAUGAUCAUCACAUCGUCAAGCCUCAUGCCAGCGGGAUACAGAGUUUCGAGUAUAGAGGUUUACGUACCGAUGGGUAUCAUAACGGCUUCACAUCUAUUAUACCCAUUCGCAUUGAACCCUUGGUUCUUGUCUUUCUCUUUCUAA